AUGAGAUUAGAUUACAUUAGAUGAAUUUCAAUUUAUAUUUCUUUAGACGCGGCUUGUUUUUUAAGAACCUCAAGUAAAAUAAAAAUCAAAUUAGAUAAAACAAUAUAUUUUCAUCGCUGUUAAAAGUAAUAACAUGGUAAAAGUUAGUGAAUAAAAAUGGUUUGUGUCAUUAUUGUAGUUAGUGAAGUGUAAUGGUUGAGAGACGUGGUCCAUGGCAUCAAAAAGUGCAUUAGUUGUGAAGAAACAACUAUCUGCGACACUGCAAGGGUCCCACUUCGAAUGGCCGGUCUGCACGACAAUGUACAAGGGGUGUGUCAACCGAAUAAAGUUAUGGGAAUGGAAUAUAUAGACACAGCAUUUCGAAAUUCAGCGUACGAGAGUCUACAUAGAGCUCCGGUAAAACCAAAUUUGUUUUUUACAACUAAUUCACCAAGUAAUUUAUUGCAAAGUAGAAUGGAAAAUUUGGAAACUUUAGGCGAGAAAACCGUACCGCAUCACAAUAGAAGUCCUUUCCGGGUUGUUACUGAUUCAACUGAAAACAAGAUUAAUCCUAUCAACAUGUUACGCAAUAAUUUGUGGUUUAGAAAUAGGCCUUCCAUAAAAGAACUUCGACCACAAAGAGCUUUAACGACAUCUUCUCAGAAAAGUACAUUUACUCGUCAAAAUAACAAAUUUAGACCUGGCUUCUUAGGUCAUCAAAACCCUCGAUUUGUUCAGUUUCCAAAUAUUACUCCGAAACAAAAUAAUGUGUAUCCAAGUAUCUCUCCUCGAGUUUCACAAUCACAAUAUAAUCAUAUUCCAGUACAACCUAGUCUGCAAGAUUAUCAAACCCGAUCUCACCGUGAAGAUCUAACAUACAUGAAAGAACCAAACAAUGUUCAGAAUCAAAAUGAUCUUCGGAAUUACCCUGAGAGACUUAUUAGCCAUCAGUUUCUUUCUAGAUCGCCACCUAAUGUUCCAAUUGAUACCAGGACAUAUAACACCAACUUAUGGAUGAAUGACCCUUUUGUUUCGACAAAUCACUAUCAAACAAAAAAACCUAUUCGAAGUCAGCAUAUAGACUACGCUCAACCAGAUUCAACUGUGCAGUACGUUACUCUAUACAAUACUUACAAGACGAUAUUUUUCCCGACAAAAAGUCCUAAUAUGUAUGGAUCUCAACAAGUCGGCCAGUUUAACAGAGACUCGGUCGGAGAAAAUGGCUACCAUUCAGCUUUUACCAUAGUCGAAUCAAACCAGAAAAGGAGUAAUCGAUAUUAUUUUAAAAAAGAUGAAUCAUCACGCUCUACUGCAUCUGAACUUGUAAACUUUCGCGGCCAGCAGUCACAAGAGAUUGUCGUUGAUUCUAAUAAUAGAAUCAAAAGACACAGGAGGGUAAAAAUAAAUAGGGCCGGUCUAACAACCAGCACGAUGCCUCCUUUCCCCGAAGGACACACUCAACCUGAGAUCCCACACGACCCCUUUGCACAAAAAUGCAUGCAUGUCGCUAAUUGUUUUGCAUUUAACUGGAAAGACGGAAGAACAAAAAAGAGAAAUACUUUUCGUUCUGUAAAACAUUUCAAAUAAGUGAGCAUUGAUUUGAGUAAGAUGUUGUGUUCAUGUCUAUAAUAGCAUUGAGACGUUUUGACUUACAAGGAAAGUGCCUUUUCUUAGCACUAUUUAGUAUGCACAUGUUUUGAUAGUAAUAUAGUUUUGUUUAUUGAUUAUUGCUUAAUAUUCUUUAUUUUUUAUUAAUGAUUGUUUUUUAAACAAAGUAUGUUUCUUUCUGCUUGUCAUAUUUGGAUGUAUCAAAUAUUUAGCUUAGUUCAUGGGUUUUUUGGGGGUGUUUUACGUUUCAAUAAUCAGGAAUACGACUCAUUCGAGAAUUACCCCCGACUAGUUUCCCCGAUUAAUCUGAAACUACUCGGAAGACCAAAGUCACUGUUGUCAAAUUGUUUUGGCAAUAUUUAAGAGAGUUUGCACCCAAGUCUAGCUUUGGCAUUGCUUCGUAAACUAAACAUUUAUGAGCAUUUAAUUUUAUAUUUUCUUGUGAUGUAUCCAUAACCGAAAACUAAAACAAUUAAAUGAGUUAAGAUUUUGAGUUUAUCAGUGUUUCGGAGAUUUAGUAUAGUAUUUCCAUUAAAUAUAUAAUUUGAAAAAGUGUUCAAUAUAACGGAAUAACAUUCCGGUUUUUUUUAAUCUUAUUGUUCCCUGGUUUGUUUUGACAAACGCCAUCGAUUACAAAAUGUGUUAAUAUUGUAAUCUAUCUCUGGUUUUGAUUGAACUAAAAAUAUCCUAUAUUUAAUAAAUAAUACAUGUUCAGAACGUUUCAGCGUAUCGCGAAACUUAUCGAAACAAAAUACCGUUUCUUGGCCUGAUUCGCACGGGAGCUUUUAUAACGCCCGUUAAAAAAGCGUUCAAAUAGAACAAACGCAUUUCCAAGUACAUUUUCAUACGACUAUUCCCUUUAGCGCCCAACGCCCAGCGCUCAAAAUGCAACAC